AUGAUCUUUGCACAUAUAAGCGAGCAAGAGGAGUCGUCACCUGACUCAUCAGAGUUGAGAUGCAGAAAAAUCGCUUUCAACUUCGUGCGCCAUAGCUAUGGACUUAUGAGGAUGGAUCUCACACCUAAGUACAUUCGAAAGAGGCGAGCUCAAGGGCCAUUGACCUAUCCUAACGGUCCUAGGUUCUUGUCUUUUCUUGAAGAAAUGGUACUUAACAUGGCUUCAUUCACUUGGACUGUGUUUGCUAUUGUUGACCACUUUUAA